UGGAUAUAUGAAUAUUAUGAAUAUUUUAUUUAUUAACAGCUUCUUUAUGACUGGUUAUCUUCCACUUGGUUUUGAAUUUGCAGCUGAAAUUACUUACCCUGAAGCAGAAGGAACAUCAUCUGGUUUGUUAAAUGCAUCAGCACAGGUAUUUGGAAUACUCUGUACAACAAUAGCAUCAUCAAUUUUGAAUCAUAAUGAUUUAUAUGCCAAUCUCUUCUUAAUUUCUGCCUUAUUUUUAGGAACAUUAAUAACAGUAUUUAUAAAGUCUGAACUCAGACGUCAGCAAGCAACUCAAGUUUCAUUCAACAAUGUUGAAAAUUCUCGCUUGAUGGAUGGUCGUGCGUGAUCAACAUUUGAUUAUCAAAAUAUAUUUUAAUAUAUGUAUCAAUUUUUCAAAUUAACAAAAUACAGAAAAAUUGUAUUUAGAUUUAAAUGCCAAAUACUGGUGCUAGUGUGCACAUUGUUCUAAAAACAGUAAAUUUUGUAUGUCGAAAAUAGUUGUAGUUUAUAUAUAACAUAUAUAUUAUUGUAACUAUUUGUAUAAUAAGUUUACAAUACUUAAUGAAUUAUUUUUUGAGUGAAUAUAUGAAAGUAAAAAUUUUAAAAAUACCAUCUAACAAACUUUUCUAUUUAUAGUAUAAUUUUUUGAUGAUCAAACUUUCUUUGUUGGUGGUUUAAAUAGAAAAACAAUAAAAUAAAUACUUUGAUAUUGUUACCUGUAUGAUAUUUAAAUCUGUAUAAAUAAAAUUCCUUUUUAUUGUAUUUAUGUUAAAUAUAUACUUAUUAAAAAUAUUUGUACUUAAAUAAAUUUUAUUCUACAGUAAUAUAAAAAAUAAUGUAGAAAGGUAGGGAUUUUUAAAGUAGGAUAUUUCUUGAUACAAAUAUAUUUUCAAUUCACUUUAGUAGCCAAAAAACUAUUUAAAAAGCAAUAAUGACUAACAUGUCUAAAAAUGUUUGUAGAAUUACACAUUUGUUGUUUACAAAAUUUUUAAUAUUAAAGUUUAUAAAGUAUUAUCAA